AUGGACAUCAGGGGCAAUCAACUCUGUGUGUUACUACUCGGAGCCUUACUAGUGGCCACGCCCAGAGCUGUAAGUGGUGAAUUUAUUCUCACUGUCAACUUGGUCGACUACACCAACCCAACCGGACUGUGUGCUGAAUGUCAGGUUAAAGCUGGAGUUGCUCAAGACCAGUUGGUAUCAGUGUGCUGUGAUGAUAAACCAUUCAAAUCUCGCAACUGUGACAACACAGGAGAGGAGAGAUGUGACACCAGGUUCCGUUGGACCAUCAGAACAUUCGGUGCAUCACUAGAGACAAGACCCAGCAUGGGGUACAGCUUCACAGACUGUACAAUGUCACCCAGCACUUGCCCAUUCAGUGAAAUAAGUACAACAUUCGGUCAAGGUCCAACAGCACUACUGGGAGUAACACCCAAUCCUCUACCUGUUUCAAAAACAUAUUAUAGCAUGUGGACGAGACAAAUACAGUUUUUCAUAGAAGCUGUGGACAGUAUGCUGCCAAACAUAAUAGACAGUCUGUUGAUUGACCUGGACAACCUUCAACUUGGAGCAGACUUUACAGAGGAGAUGACGUUCACUGGAUACCACAACAUAUCUCACAUGACCAUGAGUUUCAGAGUCGAAUGCUCUCCUGGUUUCUGUGGAUCUGACUGUACCACCACACCUCAGAACAAUCCACGAGUGGCGACAUGUCGAGCUGAUGGUACUCUAACAUGUACUGAUAACCGAUUAGACCCUUCACCUCUUGUAGCCUGCAACGACUGCCUCUACAACCUGGAUAUUACUACAGGCUGUUCUACCUGUUUGGAUGCCAAAUAUGAUCCAGACACAAACUGUCAAGCCUGCUUUCUCAACUAUGACGUUAAAACAAGUUGCUCAUCAUGCGUUAACACAAGAUAUGACCCAACCGAUAACUGUGCGUCAUGCUUGGACUCUACUUUCAAUCCUUUCGAUGAGUGUACAACAUGCUUGUUGAAAUUCUAUAACCUACAGAAAAACUGCACCCAGUGUCUACCCAACAGAGAUCCCUCUACCAACUGCACCCAGUGUCUACCCAACAGAGAUCCCUCUACCAACUGCACCCAGUGUCUACCCAUCAGAGAUCCCUCUACCUACUGCACCCAGUGUCUACCCAACAGAGAUCCCUCUACCAACUGCACCCAGUGCCUACCCAACAGAGAUUCCUCUACCAACUGCACUCAGUGCCUACCCAACAGAGAUCCCUCUACCAUCUGCACCCAGUGCCUACCCAACAGAGAUUCCUCUACCAACUGCACUCAGUGCCUACCCAACAGAGAUCCCUCUACCAACUGCACCCAGUGUCUACCCAACAGAGAUUCCUCUACCAACUGCACCCAGUGCCUACCCAACAGAAAUCCCUCUACCAACUGCACCCAGUGCCUACCCAACAGAGAUUCCUCUACCAACUGCACCCAGUGUCUACCCGACAGAGAUCCCUAUACCAACUGCACCCAGUGUCUACCCAACAGAGAUCGAUCUACCAACUGCACUCAGUGUCUACCAAACAGAGAUCCCUCUACCAACUGCACCCAGUGUCUACCAGGCUGGGACAUUAUCUCGGACUGUAUACUAGUUGCCUACCCAACAGAGAUCCCUCUACCAACUGCACUCAGUGUCUACCCAACAGAGAUUCCUCUACCAACUGCACCCAGUGUCUACCCAACAGAGAUCCCUCUACCAACUGCACCCAGUGUCUACUAGGCUGGGACAUUAUCUCGGACUGUACUAGUUGCCUACCCAACAGAGAUCCCUCUACCAACUGCACUCAGUGUCUACCCAACAGAGAUCCCUCUACCAACUGCACCCAGUGCAUAUACCCAACAGAGAUCCCUCUACCAACUGCACCCAGUGCCUACCCAACAGAGAUCCCUCUACCAACUGCACCCAGUGUCUACCCAACAGAGAUCCCUCUACCAACUGCACCCAGUGUCUACCAGGCUGGGACAUUAUCUCGGACUGUACUAGUUGCCUACCCAACAGAGAUCCCUCUACCAACUGCACUCAGUGUCUACCGAACAGAGAUCCCUCUACCAACUGCGC